GGUAGAGGUGCUUCUGUUCUCUUGAAAAUUCUUAGAAAGUGGAAAGGAAGUUUAUACAAACUGGUAUGGGUCGAUUUAUUGAUCUAUAUAUCAGCAUAUUACGUUCUAAAUUUAUCCUAUCGAUUUGCAAUGAAUGAAAAACAAAAAAUAAUUUUCGAGGAAAUCGUUGACUUCUGUGAAAGAACCAAAGGAGAUAUUCCGAUAUCCUUUCUACUUGGGUUUUUUGUAUCCGGAAUAAUAUCACGUUGGUAUCAAAUGUAUUUGUAUAUACCAUGGAUGAAUCAAAUAGCACUUCAAAUAGCUGCCAGCAUUAAUGGAAAAAAUGAAGAGGGUUCAAGAAAAAUUCGUUUAACAAUAAUGCGCUACAUGAAUUUAGCCUGGGUACUUAUGAUGAAGCGAAUCUCAGAUCAAAUUGCUUGUCGUUUUGUGAAAAAUGAUGAAACGGGCAGUGUACCAAGUGCAUUAGGACCUGUAUUACCAAAGCGUAAAUCAACAAAUCAUAAACAUUUAAUCAGUAGGAAUACAUGUCAACCUUGGUCAAUUGAUGCUAAUGAAGUAGCUCGACCACUUCCAUCAAAAUCAAUACUUCAACAGCAAUUAUCUCAGACAUCAUUUCAACCUCAAACAAAAUUGGAUAGUCCAGUGAAUAAUUACAGUAAUAACAAUAGCAUAUUUGGUGGUCCACAAACACCGAAUACUUCAGAUGUUCAUACACCUUUAGCACCAUUGGCAAUAGAUGAAGAAUGUGGUGCACUGCCAGAUGCAUUUGAAGCAGCUGAUGUUGUCGAGCUAAGAGAGACAUUUAGAGCAUUCAAUCAAGAUCAAAAAGUUAAAAGCUCAUUUGGUGUAUUGAUCACAGAAUCAGAGAUCACAUCUUUUGAACGUAUAGCAGCUGACUGGUUUCGUCGAACAAAAACCAAUUAUACACCUGAAUACUGGAUACCGAUACAAUGGGCACAAAGAUUAACUUUGAAAGCGUUGGAUAGUGGUUAUAUUACCGAUCCUAAAGUGGCAUUUUAUACAGUUGAAAACAUUGGAAGAGUCAGACAAAAAAUGCAAGAUUUACAAGUUUACAGCAGUAUUAUGAUCCCCUUGGUUUAUACUCAAGUUGUAAUAAUAGCUGUUUACAGUUAUUUCAUGUGUCAGAUAUUUGCGUGUCAAUUUGUUGAGCAUCGUCAUGAAAGUGGACAGCAUAAAGUGGAUUUAUAUGUUCCUAUUUUUAGUAUCUUUUCUUUUCUCUUUCUCAUGGGAUGGUUAAAGGUUGCUUUAUGUGUAAUGAAUCCAUUCGGUGAUGAUGAUGAAGACUUUCAAACUUCAAAGAUUUUAGACUAUAAUCUUGACGUAAGUUUUCGAUCUGUCUAUAUGGAUGGUGAUACAUUUCCUGAGCAUCUUUCACCACCAAUGGGCAAGAAAAAGUCAGAUGAUGACAGUCCUGAUGACUUAGAGAAAUUCUUGGAACAAAUUGAUCAUGAAAUAGCUGAAGUUACAGACAGAGAAUUGCCUAAUGAUGUAUCUAAUUUGGAAAUGCGACCAUCACUAUGUGAACGUGCACGUAAAUUAUGCUGUUGUGAUGAUCAGAAACCUCCACCACCUGGUAGGUUAUAAAAAACUAUGAGCUUAGUUGUUUUUAUCUCUAGUUUUACCAUCAGACAUACUAUUUCUCUAGCAUUUGUCGCACAUUUAAGUAGCAUCUGCUUGCAUUAAAAAAAUUUCUGCGUUGUUUAUAAGAUCUGUGUACUUCUUGGUAGCAUUCAUUGUACACUCAGAUUCCAUCAGAAAGUGACAGUGACUAAAGUAGUCAGCAUGUUAUCAUUAAAAGCUCAAGGUUCAAAAAUUUUUAUGGACUAAGUAUCACAGUUGGUGGAUGAUAAACCCAACUUUCCAUUUGAAGGCUUGCUGGGAUAGAUUUAUUGAUUUCAGGCUGAUAUACAUUACGAACUGACAUCAGCUAGAGAGUCAUUAGAAACCUUAGGUUAUUGGGUAGCUGUUCCGUUGUAGCAUAGGACUCCUCAACAGUGAGAACCUAUGGCCACGACACGGACCGAGUACAGGACCUGCAGAUUCCGCGACAAGCACAUUGACAUUGAUGCACUGGGUCCGAAUCCAAUGAUCCAAAUUUCCUAUUCCUGUCAGUUCAUGGCGAGGUCAUUGGUGCGCAGUGCUGAGGAGUCCUAUACUAAAAAGAAACAACUAAUGUCCAGUAACCUAAGGUUCCCAAUGGUUCACUAGUGGCUUGCUUCGAGAUGAUUUUCUCGAAGUUCUAAUGAAGAUUGGUGACCAGUUGGGCCAAGUAACUCGGAUAUGAGGAGAGAUACUGAACAAUGGCAUUGGAUGACAGUGAUGCUAUAUCGUGAAAUGACAGAAGUAGUAAAAAUAUAGAACACUGGAUUCCGACCCAGUGUUUUGGUGGCAACGUAGUCAUUUUUGUUCACAUUGAGUUAACUGAAAGCAAUCAGUUGAAAACCCUUAGUAAUGUCUUCUUACAUGGUGGAACUCAUCAUGAGGGGGAUCAGUGCGAAGAGCCCAACCGAUCUAUUCAAUGUAUUGUUAAUCACAAUUGUUGAAGUUCAUUUUGUAAAUGAUAUUUGAUUUGUCUUGUUUGGCUGCUUGCAUCCUUUGGUUUGCGUAAUGUGUUUUUAAGGGAUUUUGUUGUUUUAUGAGCCACCUAUCGAUUCUGAGUGGUCUCAUUAAUCUUGUCACGAUCUGUGAAAUAUUCUUAUGUACGCUAGGAUUAUCUGCUGGUGGAUUUCUGUAGACAAACUCAUAGUUGAUAAUGAACAGGGUAGGUAUCUUUCGAUGAAGUCUCGUGGGUAACUGUCCUUCUUUAGGAUAGAUAGCAAGUAGUUUUCAUAGUUUCUGCAUGAAUCUGCCUUACCACAGCCAACAGGAAUAUGUAUGCAGCCAAUGAAACAACAAUCAAAAAAAUCAACCAACCAUAAACCAAUUCGUCAGCUGGAGGUACUGAAUCACUCACGGAGAGACAAUGACAGCUAUAUCCCUUCAAAUUGAAGUUAGUGCUGAUGAUGAUAUUGUCUAGAAAAAUAGUGAAAGCUUCACGAUUACUACCAUCCAGCUCAGAGAAAGUAACUCAACCAAAAAAAUCUCUGCUUCAUUAGUCUAAUCUGUUGAGUUCAGAUAUCUUCAAGUAUCGGGCUUAGUUCUUAACGUGUACACACACUAACAAUCACAUCAAAAUUAAACAUCCCCAUGUUCAUGGUAAAUGUAAGCAGGCUAAAAAAAAUCUUCAUUUCUGUUCACUCAACUUCUAAAGUCUGACCGUAUUAACACGGUGACAGAUACUGAAGUGUUUAUUUCACUACAGUUACCCAUUCAUUAGAUCUGAAUAGUUGUGCACAUUAGUACCAGCUUUAAAGUAUUUAUCAUAGACUGAUACUAGAUAAAAAGCAUUGGAAACCGGAGAGUAGUGGACGCUUAUUUUGUUCGAAUUUAGAAAUCCAUAGCAGUACUCACCUUAGGUCUCACGGAUGGGCCGGCACAGAAUAGUGAAUCUCUAUAGGCC